AGGCGGCCACGCUCUGCGUCGCGGCGUCCCGGCCUCCGGGUCUCCCUCCCGCCCGCCGUCUCGGCUGAUGCUGAGGGUCGGUGCCCAUCCCGCGCCGAGGGGACCCGGCCGGGCCGCGGAGCCGGGCCGGGGGCCGGAGCCGGAGCCCGAGCCCGAGCCUGCGCUCGCGGCGCUCGUCAGAAGUUAAGGUCUGCGCGGGGCGGCCAUUGGCGGCGGAGCGUCACGUGACUGCGGGGGCGUGCCAAUGUGCGCCCUCGCGGGUGUCAAGCCCCUGUCAGAGUGUGCGAUCAAGAUCGUGAAACAACGCGAUGCAAAAAGCGACCUACUACGACAGCUCGGCGAUCUACGGUGGCUACCCCUACCAGGCUGCCAACGGGUUCGCUUAUAAUGCCAGCCAGCAGCCGUACUCGGCGUCUGCGGCACUGGGCGCCGAGGGCGAGUACCACCGACCCGCCUGUUCACUCCAAUCACCCGCCAGCGCUGGGGGCCACCCCAAGGCGCACGAGCUGAGUGAGGCAUGUCUGCACACCCUGAGCGGCCCGCCCAGCCAGCCCCCAGGCCUGGGCGAGCCGCCCCUGGCCCCACCGCCGCCCCAGGCCGCGCCCCCUGCCCCUCAGCAGCCUCAACCACCACAGCAGCCCCCUGCUCCAGCUCCUGCCGCGCCCCCGCCCCCCUCUUCAGUCUCCCCACCUCAGAAUGCCAGCAGCAACCCCACCCCUGCCAGCGCGGCCAAGAGCCCCCUACUCAACUCGCCCACCGUGGCCAAACAAAUCUUCCCCUGGAUGAAGGAGUCUCGCCAGAACACAAAGCAGAAAACCAGCGGCUCCAGCUCAGGGGAGAGCUGCGCAGGCGACAAGAGUCCGCCUGGGCAGGCAUCCUCCAAGCGGGCGCGCACGGCCUACACGAGCGCGCAGCUGGUGGAGCUGGAGAAGGAAUUCCACUUCAACCGCUACCUGUGCCGGCCACGCCGGGUGGAGAUGGCCAACCUGCUGAACCUCACCGAGCGCCAGAUCAAGAUCUGGUUCCAGAACCGCCGCAUGAAGUACAAGAAGGAUCAGAAGGGCAAGGGCAUGCUGACGUCAUCAGGGGGCCAGUCCCCAAGUCGCAGCCCUGUGCCCCCAGGCGCAGGCGGCUAUCUGAACUCUAUGCAUUCACUGGUCAACAGUGUCCCCUACGAGCCCCAGUCGCCCCCGCCUUUCUCCAAGCCCCCCCAGGGCGCCUAUGGGCUGCCCCCCGCCUCCUAUCCCGCACCCCUGCCCAGCUGCGCGCCGCCGCCCCCGCAGAAGCGCUACACAGCGGCCGGGGCAGGGGCAGGGGGCACACCCGACUAUGACCCGCACGCGCAUGGCCUGCAGGGCAACGGCAGCUAUGGGACCCCACACUUACAGGGAAGCCCCGUCUUCGUAGGGGGCAGCUAUGUGGAGCCCCUGAGCAACUCUGGGCCGGCCCUCUACGGCCUAACUCACCUCCCUCACGCCGCCUCGGCCGCCAUGGACUACGGGGGUGCUGGGCCGCUGGGCAGCGGCCACCAUCACGGGCCCGGACCAGGGGAGCCGCACCCCACCUACACGGACCUUACCGCCCACCAUCCUUCUCAGGGAAGAAUUCAGGAAGCCCCCAAGCUCACCCACCUGUGAUGGUGGGCUCGGGGCUGUGCGCCAGGAGAGCCCCCCUCCCCUUUCCUCUUCCUUUGCUUUUUCUGUUUUAAGGUUCUCCCUGCCCCUCCCUUUUCUCUCUCCUCUGCUCCCUCCCCUCUCCCCGUUUUGUUUUCUUUGGUAACGCGUUUUUAUAGUUUUUGUGACGUAGCAAUCUUGGUUGCUGGAAUGGCUGUCAGUAUCAGUAGCGAUAUUUAUCUCCUCCCGCCCCUCGUCGGCCGCUGGCCCUGCACCCUUUACCUUCUCUACUCUUUGAUCAGAAACAGGGUAUAUGAACAAAUUUUCUAGCCGAGUUCUUCAAUGUGAAUUUGUUCGUACAUUAUGGCUCCCGAGGGGACGCGAUUACUUUUGUUUUUUUUAAGUUUAGUUUUUUAAUUGCACUUCUUGUAAAGAGCGAGAAAAAAAUCAAAGGCGCUUUGAAACAGGGACUCCCUGUACAAGGAUAACUAAGUGUACGUCCUUUCGUGUGUGUAUGCUGGUGAACAGUCAGAUUUAUUUAUAUUUUUUUUGCAAGCAUUGAAUAAUCUAAGUUUUAAAUAUUAUUUAUCCCCAUCCGUUCGUAUUUAUAUUAAAGAAAUUCUGUACCCUGAUUGUUCAGAAGGUUUCUUGGGCCUUUUGUUCAAUAGUGUAUUGGCGUACAUAGGAAAUUUUUUAUUUGAAAGGGAAAUGUAAUUCCUUUAUAAAAAAAAAACGGUAAUGAUGCAAUAAUACCAGAGAGGAUCCAGCUUUCGAAAAGCAGUGAUUUAAUUUGUAACAUCCGGCGAAACUGAAGAAAACAAUCUGUAAACGUGAAAAAUGCUACAUUUGUUUUGAGAGUUCUACAUUCCUUGCUGCUCACACUCUGAGAAACAAAACAAAAAAUAAUAAAGUUUUUAUUCUGAAUAA